UCGAGAAAACCGUUGCAAGUGAGUUUCUCCACAUUAAAAUGGACUCUGGAGAAAGCCACUUAUUUGGGACAAUUAGAAAAUGAGAGUCCCUGCCUGAGAAGGAUUCAGCGAGGUAAUCCGAUCUAAAGUUCUUGUUUUUCUUUUUGAAAUGACGUCAUUUUGCUGAGGGUGGAAAUCUAAAUGCGGCGAUGGUUUCCACUAUCAGCAAAGAAAAAAAGAAUGAAUGAAUGAAUGAAUGGAAAUAAAAACAAACUGACUGACUGGUAAAAGCUGACAAAAGCUGACAAGACUUGACCACGACUCAAGGUUAACCUCCACCUAGACAGGACAAAAGGGUGGAUGAAUUUAUAUGCGUUUCUUUUUACAGGAGCAGAAAGAUGACAGUGACAUCUGAGGUUGCAUGACGAUUUAAACUUUUAAAUGCUAAUUUCUGUGUUUGUGAAUCUACCAGGGGGGUUGUUCAGGGGUUUGUGUUGUGUGUUGCUCACAGAGGUAACUGUGACAAAGUGUGUAUACACCUGCGCAGCGCUACAAUUUGCAUUUUCCUCAUUUGGAAAUUGUAGGCAUUAAAUUCAACUGACCUGUUUUAACAGCAGUCAACCAAAACACAGAGGUUGAUAAGUUCACUAUUCCAGUAAUGUUUGAGUACUUCCUCGUUUUUUAAAAAACUGGGAGGAGUGGGGAAGUAACCUCAUGAUAGUCCUGCCUCUUGCUGCCAUAUCAUAAAAAGAUCAGAUUUGCAGAUGAGACAGUUGAACUUCAGAUUUCUGAAGACAGGAUGGAGACCAUCUUGGUUUUCUCUGUGUUGCUUCUGGCUUGCUCUAUCUCAGCAGCUCAGACAGCUGAAAAUGAGGUCAUUCUUAAAAAAAAGAUUGCGCUCCUACAACCAUUUACAAGUGACAUGGAAGCUGUGCUGACAGGGAUAGUCACCUCUUUGGCUGUACAAAAAGAGCAGAUCACACUUCUUCAAAAGAAGAAUCAAGAACAAGAAGCAAAACUAAAAGAAGUGGAGACACAGAAGACUGAGAUUGAGCAGCUGAAGCAGCGGCUACAAGCCCAACAGGUGGCUUUCUCAGCCUCUCUGGUGGAGCAAGGUGGUGCACCUUUUACUGGACCAUUUAACACAGAGACUACUGUGAUCUUCAAACGUGUUGUCACAAACAUUGGAAAUGCCUACAACCUACACACAGGUAUUUUCACUGCACCAGUCAGAGGAGUCUACAACUUUGAGUUGACCCUGCAUGGACACGGAGACAAUGCAUAUCCUACAGCUGCUAGGUUGUUCAUGAAUAAAGAGCUCAUUUUUUCGGCAUGGGAACAUCAGACAACACAUUCUUCAAGUACCUCUAAUGGUGGCUCACUGCUUCUAGAUGCUCAAGAUGUGGUGUAUGUGCGCCUCUGGCCUGGUGCAAGGAUAUUUGAUGAUUACAAUCAUCAUACCACCUUCAGAGGUCAUCUGCUUUUUUCCAUGUGAAAGGUGUACCAGCUGCAAACUUCCUGUUUGGGUUGUCUUGUAGCUUUUUCUUUUUUCAGAAGUAAAACAGGAAGUAAAUCACCUGCUGGGAUUAUUUUUCAUCUGUCUGUAAAUCCAAAAUCCAGAUACACUAAACAAUAAUGUCAUUUGGAUCUCUCUCUUCUGAUUUCAAAAUUCAAUGUGAUUCCAUUCUGUCAUUUCAUUCUAAUAAUAUAUCAUAAUAAAUCGAGGAUUAAGCAGCA